GAUCCUAAGUGUCUGUGUCCACAGUCAACCUUCGUCUUGCUAUCUGAUUCAAGCUCUGAACCAAAGAAAAUUCUUUUCUCUAUUGUACCCUCAUCGACAUCUCCUUACGCUGAUUCAAUAGCAGCUGGGUCGUGAACAAGAGCUGAAACACGUUCAAGCUCAAGGCUACUGGUUUUGUCAUACUCUAUUCUAUUUUUUUUGACUCUCGAGUUACUGGCUUUCCUUUCGAGCAGACUAAGAAGAAGCCCACGGAGCGGUAGCAGCUACGACUUCUUCCUUCUGUUCUGGGCCCAAGUCCAAUAGCAACGGAUUCUGUAUCAGCAAACCAUAUUUAACCGGGUGUUCCCUCUUUGUUCUAGCUUUCUAAAUAAGUCAGAUCGGUGCGGGAAAAACUCCUAAAUCAGUCAAUCCGGAAGUUCCUGCCUUCCCCAGAGUUCUUCCUUAUAAGAGGGUUGGCACAAAAGCAGCAGAUAUUGAAACUAAUAGCAAAGAAGGCUAGGCUCCUCGAACCAGAUUCUAUUAUAUCUUCUACCGUAAUUCGCUAAUCUCGAUGAAAGGUAACUACAUAAGGCAGCUUUCCUCGCUCUGUCUUCUCUACGAUUUACGAGUACUUACUUGUGCACGGAAUCAAACAAGAGGAGGUUGCCUGAUGGGACGUCGGCCUUUGCUAAGGACUUUGCCGAGUUGGGUUCUAUUAAUAAGGAAAUUGCCAGGUAAGAUGCUGACUUUGCCGGGGCCCCUCUCUUCUAGUAGCCGCCCCUCCUCCAAGAAUGGGAGCCCACCAAGAAGGUGACUGAGUCCAGAUCCUUCCUUGGGUUCCUUGGUUCACCUGUGUCGCUUUGGCUUAAACCAGGGAAAAAGCUAUCAAAAGGGCA